ACAGUCAUUGCAGAUGUUCAUGAAGCAAAAUACUUUGGUGUUGUUUUCGUCUGUUUGAAUUUCGCGUUGUAAUGCGUUCGUGACAGAUCAGUGUUUUCACGCGUGAAUAAGUGAGAUGCCUUAAUGAAAUAUUGCUGGUGAACACUUUCAGUGUCAUAAUGUCCGGUGGCAAAUCAGUAAUUGUACUAACACCGAACGGCAGACGCCAAACAGUGAAGGUUACACCGAACACCACGAUUUUGCAGGUCCUCGAAGAAGUAUGCCGUAAGCAUGGAUUUCAAGCAGAAGAAUAUGAUAUUAAACAUCACAAUCAUGUCUUGGACCUGACCUCAGCAAUACGUUUUUCUGGUCUUCCAAACAAUGCGCAAUUGGAAAUGGCACCAAUAGCUAAGCAACGAAAAGAAUCUGAAGUUACUGUUGCUCUACAGUCUGAGUCUGGAAGCAGGAACAUGGGAAGUUUUGUGCCAACAGAUAAUUUAUGGGAUAUUGUGCAGAAACUUUGUCCAGAAGGAAUAGAUAUUAGCUCGAACCCUGUGGUGAUAUAUAUGCGUUCAGAAGUAGUGGGCGUACAGAAACUUAGAGAAACAACAUUAAGAAAUCUGGGCAUAACUGGAGGUAGAGCCAUGUUGAGGUUGAUUCAACGUGCACCAGAAGAGCUCCAGUAUCAAGCCAAUGUAUCAGCUCCUUUACCACACAGACCUGUGGAACCUGUUACUAAAAAGGCACCUGAGAUUGCUAAAUCCCAACCAGAGCAGUUAAAAUUAUCACCUAAGGAGUUAAAACCCCACAAAGAAACUUCAAAGACAGUUGAAUCAGCAAUAAGGAAUGUUACUAGUGCAGACAUGGAAGGGUGUGUGCAUUCCACAGAUGUAACCAAUGUACAGCAAGUUACUACUAAAAUUGAAGAGAAAAAAGAAAAUCAGGACACAUUAAUUGAUUCUCAGAGGUGUACUGAAAAUAAAACAGAGAAAAUUGAUAGAGAUGAUGCUUUGAAGAUGGAUGUUCCUGUUGACAGAGAAGCUGCUCCUACCACAACACAUUGUACAGAUCCAGGUCCUGAACCUGUUGAAGAAGAACUUAUUCUAUUAGGUGAUAGAAAUGCCAUUGCUUUCAAUUCUGCUUGCGUGCAGAGUGCUGUUUAUGAUGAUCUCCCAGAUGAUUUUUUUGACCUGACUGUAGAGGAUGCACGGAUAUUACUGAGAGAUAUAAAACGUCGAAGAGCUGAACUGGAGGAUGCUCCAAUCGCAACGUCUGCCAUGAGGGAACUGGAAGCGUCAAAGCAGGUGCUCAACAACUUGGGCCGGUACAAGAAAUCUGUGAUACGAAUUUACUUUCCAGACCAGCUAGUUUUACAAGGCACUUUUGCUCCUCAUGAAACAGUCAGCACUGUGGCACAGUUUGUAAGGGGCUUCCUUUGUGAUCCUGAAUUACAGUUUUAUCUUUUUACAGCUCCUCCAAAGCAAGUACUUUCAGAUGACCUACAUCUAGUAGAAGCUGGCCUAAUUCCCAGUGCAGUGAUCCACUUUGGAUCAGAGGAACCUGCUGGGGAUGGAUCUUAUCUGAAACCUGACAUCAUGAAUCGGCUGACAUCCCCCAAUGCAGCUUUAAACAUAUCUAGUCGUCACAGGGCCACACCCCAUGUCACUCAGAAUCAGGAAACGGUAAAUACUGAUAAGCCAAGCACUAGUGGGACGCAGCCACAUCACUCUAAAGAGAACCCAGUUCACAAGUCAAGCCAGAGAGCAGCUACUGUUUCUUCGGACAUACAUCCAAAUAAAAUACCUAAGUGGUUUAAACCAUUAUAAUGUUUUGUUUGUAAUUGUAAGUUUUGGUUUGAUUUGAUGUUUUAUCCAUAUUUUUAUUAAAACUGCAUGUUCAUAAAAUUACUAUUUUGUCAAUAUAUUUUACCUGAAAUCUGAAAA